UACCAUGCCCGCUUCGCACUGCCGAUGGCAGACCAGCCUGUUCCGGUACAGAAAGCAACAAGAGUAGGCCAGCCAUAUGCGUGCCAACAUCAGCAAGUUUUAGUAACCCGCCUCGGCCGUACUGGCUCGGCAGUUCCGCAAUAUUGCAUUCUUGAGCAGAUAUGGCAGAUGACAUCACAGGCCAGCUCGACCUAUGUGCAAGCCUCAGCAAGCUAGGUUUCCAAUGUUCAGCCCAGCCGCCCACAUAUCUUUUAACCAGCAAGAAGCCAGCCAGUACCGACUUGGCCAGUCUUCGCCAUGGCAGCUACAGCCGAGCAUUUUCCUUCUCAACUAUUCUACAGUCGUCGCCAGCACUUGCGUCAGUUAUUUUUAGCAUCACAGGCCAGCCACUGAUGGUCCAGAGCCUCAGCAGCUUUCAAUUUGAAAAUUGCGAACCCAGCCGCGCACAUACCUUUCACUGAACAUGAGGCUAGGCAGUACUGACCUGGCUAGCCUGCCCAACCAGGGCAGCUACAACCAGCAGCUCUCCUCCUCCACUAAUCUUCAGUUGCCGCUAGCGCUCCCGGUACUGAUUCUGACUAUGCAGAAGGGUC